CAUACAACCGAGGAACCGAAGCACGAGCCAGCUACUACGUGCUUGCGCCGUUGAGAGUUGAUAUAUACCUUGAGUUUGAGUCAUAUAUAGCAGCAAUGGCGGCCGGAGCAGGGGGGGACGACCUGAAGCUGCUGGGCAUGUGGGCGAGCCCGGCCGUCCUGCGAGUGCGCCUGGCUCUCAGCAUCAAGGGCGUCACCUACGAGUACGUGGAGGAGGACUUCGCAAACAAGAGCGAGCUGCUCCUCCGCUCGAACCCCGUCCACAACAUGGUGCCGGUGCUGAUCCACGCCGGCAAGCCCGUCUGCGAGUCGCAGCUCAUCAUACAGUACCUCGACGAGGCUUUCGCCGGCGACGGCCGCCCCGCCCUCCUCCCGGCCGACCCUUACCAGCGCGCCGUCGCAAGGUUCUGGGCCGCCUUCAUCGACGACACGCUACUGAAAGCCAUGUACAAGGCGUCGUGGAGCAAGACGGAGGAGGAGAAGGCGGAGGGGAGGAAGCAGGUGGCCGCCGCCUUGAAGACCCUGGACGGAGCCCUGGGCGAGGUCGCCGGAGGGAAGCCGUUCUUUGGAGGCGACGGCCCCGGGUAUGUGGACACGGUGCUCGGCGGCCUCCUCGCGUGGGUGCGCUCCAUGGACGUGAUCAUGGGCGUCAAGACCUUCGAUCCCGUGACGAUGCCGCUCCUGGCCGCGUGGGCGGACCGCUUCGGCGCGCUGGACGCGGUGGAGGCCGUCAUGCCGGACGUGAACAAGAUCGUGGAGUUCUCCUUGGCGAUGUCGUAGGCUCAUGCUGCGGAAGAGGCUGCCAGCCACAUCAAACUAUUUUGUUUCAAAAGAUCAGCGCUAUGCUUUUCUCGUUGAAAUUGUAUCUCUCUUUAUAUAUGUUCAUUCACUAUUUAGUUUUGUUGUUGCUGAGUGAGUCAUAAAGCCUUU